UUUUACUGAACAUGUGGCUUCCCGAGCAGGCGCUCACUGAUCCGGAUGGGAAAACCCGAGCCGUUCCUUCCUGCCGUGUCUGGGGAACCGCGCAAACCACCAAAAUGACGCGACCUGACUUCAUUCUCGGCCGUAUGUGCUUAACCCUAACCCUCUCGCUCGACACCCGACGAAAUGGAGCUUCGGAGCCUUGCGGGUUUGUUGGUCGCGGGCAACAGCAGCGGCGGGGUAAGAAGCGAAUAAAUAGAUCAGGCUGUGUGCUUCAUCUCAUUACUCGCUCCUCGCAACUCUUUCCGUUCAAAAGCGGACAAAAAACGACCAUGGUCAGAGGCUCGGUUUCCACGUAUCGCCUGCGCAGCGACCACCUCGAGACGUAUUUGCGGACACUGUUCCCAGGCUAUAGGUAUUUCGAUAUCCAGCUGUCGGUAGACGGAAAGGAGUUCUACACGUUCGAAACCCCCAAAGCCUUGACGAGGGGGCAAGUCGAGUACAUUGAUGAAUAUGUGAGGCUGAACAGCGACGACGCCGAUUUUCUUGGAGGGUGAUUGUGCCCGAUCACGCCGAUGUUGUUGGUUCUUUUGUUGGCGCUCGUUGGCAGGUGGCCGCCGUCUUUUUGUGGAUAAGGUAACCUUGAAAUACCGAACCUGGAAUACCCAGACGGCAGAAAUUCAAUGCAUGCAAUUGGAUCGUGAUACCACCGGCCCAUCAUCCGGGCAGCCCGGCAAGCAGUGGCCGCUGACCAAAAGGUACUCAACCCGCGCCACAGUAGAGGCCUCUUGGGCACUUUUUGGGAGCUGAUGAGGGUGGGUGACAGCGUGGGAGCGUGGCUGGGUGGAAU